UAGGGGCGUGAAUUUACUGCUUCCAUAAACUAGCUAUCGAUCUAUUUUUGCCCGAUCCUCUUACGUUCAUUGACAAAUAUCGGAGACUGCUGUGCUCUUUUAAAGAUGGCUGCAACUUCCAGCUAUGACCGAUUGAAGGAACUGAAAGAAUUCGAUGAAUCCAAAAUCGGAGUUAAAGGUCUCUCCGAUUCUGGCAUCAAAACCAUUCCUGAUUUCUUCAAACAUCCACCACAAACUCUCCCUGAUCUUAAAUCCAAAUUUUCUCAAGCAAACACUAAUAUCCCAAUUAUUGAUCUGUCCAAUGUAAACUCCCCUGAUCACCAUCAGAAAAUCGUCAACCAAAUCAAAGAAGCCGCAAAAUCAUGGGGUUUCUUUCAAGUGAUCAACCAUGGAAUACCCAUAUCAGUACUCGACGAGACUAUCCAAGCUAUCAAAGCCUUUCACGAGCAGCCAUAUGAAAUCAAAUCAAAGUACUAUAAUCGAGAUGAGUCGAACGGGGUAACGUACGCUAGUAAUAAUGAUUUGUACCGUUCAGAGGCGGCUUGCUGGCUCGACUCCCUGAAGGCGCAGAUGGGACCAAAGCCACUGGAUAUAGAGUUGUUGCCAGAGAUUUGUAGAAAAGAGGUGGUUGAAUGGGAUUUGAGCGCUACGAAGGUGGCUGAGACGGUAAUGGAAUUGUUGGGCGAAGGGCUUGGGUUGGAACCUGGCAAAUUCAAGGAGUUAACUUUCAGUCAAACAAAGUAUGUUGUGGGACAUAUUUAUCCGUACUGUCCACAGCCAGAUUUGACGAUGGGGAUAACAUCGCAUACGGAUCCAGGAGUGGUGACGGUGUUGUUGCAGAAUCAGAUUCAAGGGUUGCAGGUGAAGCAUGAAGAUCGGUGGCUGGAGGUGAAGCCUGCACUUGGUGGUUUAAUUAUCAACGUCGGCGACUUUCUUCAGAUAGUGUCCAAUGGAGAGUACAAAAGUGUAGAGCAUCGAGUGGUGGCGAACUCCUGCAAGGAACCAAGAAUCUCAAUUGUUGAAUUCUUCAAUUUGAGCAAAUGGAAGGGAGAUGGUUACUACGGACCGCUGCCGGAGUUGUUGUCAGCAGAGAAACCAGCAAUAUAUCGUAAUUUCACAACGCAAGAAUUCCUUGAAAACUUUUACAGCAAGGGACUGGACAGCAAGUCUCUCAUACAGAAAAUCACAAUACGUCAUGAGUAGGAUCAUUUUUCUACUAAUCAAACUAGUUGGAAUUAGUGCCCCAUUUUUCGGAUAAGUUAAUAGUAACCGAAUCCAAAUAAUAAUAAAGUUAAACAGUUUAAAUUUCCCUUGUCUACACUUCAUUAAGCUAUAUUAGAGAUCAAAAUCUGUUACUAUUAUUUGGUUUUUGAGAAACUAUUUAAAAUUUCAAGUUGAGUUGUAAUUUAAUAUAAUUAGAAUGCUUAUUAUUUUGAAUUGUACGGAUGU